AUGGUCAAGAAAAAAGGCAAAUCCAAGCGUCUAUCGCUGCAUAAGAAGUAUAAACUCGCUCGUAAAGUGCGGGAACACAAACGUCAGGAGCAAGAAUUAUUGCUACAGGUAGAACAGGGACGUCUGGCAGAAAUUGAUGCUCAACGUCAGGCGCAACAGCAGCGUAAAGAGGACAAGAAGAAGGCAAAGCUACUAGCGAGAUUUGAGCGAAGUAGCUCCCAUACUAUGGCACCCGUAACCCCAUUAAGCGUUGAGAUGCAGGCUAAAAAGGACCUAAAGCGUACCGUGCAGACGGCUGAUGUCGUGUUGAUUGUGUUGGACGCACGUGACCCACAGGGUUCUCGCUCACUCUCGCUUGAGGACGGUCUAGUAGCCAAAGGACACAAGAAGGUCGUGCUUGUGCUGAAUAAGGUGGAUCUUGUAGCGGCUGAAACGGCCCAGAAAUGGGUCACUUAUCUACGCCGUUUUCAUCCAACGAUUCCAGUGCGUGCACUAAAUAGCAACAUGUUGGACUGUUCGAAGAAAAACAGGCAGGAAAAGGGUCAUAAGGCAUUUUACGACCGUCAGCAGGAGAUCAGUGGCAUGCGUGACAAUGGAGAGGUGGAGCCAUUGCGUAUCUUUUUGGAUGAGUUGGCUAAAAGUGCAGGUAAACCUGUAAGAGUGGCUGUCGUUGGAUACCCGAACGUGGGCAAGAGCACACUUAUCAACUCAAUUAAACGCCGCCAGGUGGCUCACGUGUCUAGUAAUGCACAGUCGACUAAGUCUGCGCAGGAAGUGCAAUACGGCGAGAAGGUUGUGCUGGUGGACUGCCCUGCGCUGGACCCGGACUACAGUGACAUGUCUGCUGUCGUCCUGCGUCAUGGUAUUGCUGGCGUCUUCGUGGACGACCCCGUGCCAGUUGUAAAGAGCAUUAUUGAGCGUGGUGAUGCGAUGAACCUCAUGCAGACGCUUCAGAUUCCCUUGUUUCGGAGUCACGAAGAGUUCCUCGCCAAGCUUGCCAUCAAGCGGAAUAUGCUCCGCAAGGGCGGUGACCCAGAUAUCCUCAUGGUGGCGCGGACGUUUCUGCAGAAUUUGGGCAAGGCCGUGUACAGCCCUUCAUGUCUGCCGCCGGCCAAGUCGAAGUCGCGGUUCGAGUUGCCUGCCUGGUACAAGGAGCUGGGACUUGCUAAGCUUCCUGACGCUGAGACACGGCUUUACAGCUCCAAUGUGACUGGCCAUAAGCGCGUGCUCACUUUUAAGGCAGCUCCUGUCUUGCACGCUGUCGGUGAUACCACAGAAUACGACCUUGUAAUGGGAGAGCUACCGGAGAAUGACGGCCUGACAUCAGAAGAUGAAGACGAAGGUAGCGACGCUGAAAUGGAUGAAGAGGAAGAGGAAGAAAUGGAUGAUGACGAGGAAUAA